AUGAAGCUGAAAAUCUUUUCCUCCUGCGGACCUUCAAGGGACAACCAGCUGGAUUCCUUCAAACGCCGCUACUCUAUCCAGUCCAAACUCGGCGAGGGAGCUUUUGGUGACGUUUUCUGUGUGCAGUCUCGGAAAUCCAAGAUGAAGUACGCUGCUAAGGUUGUGAAGAACAAGAAACAACAGGACAUCAUUCUACAAAACGAUGAGUACGUUCCUAUGGAAGUUUGGGCUCUGAAGCGACUCUCUAGUCAUCCCAACAUAUCCACCUUCACCGAGCACCAUGAAAUCAAGGACAAGCUAGUGAUCAUAACAGAACAUCUCGAAGGCUACAGAGACCUAUUCGACCACAUUGAAGAGCACGGAAGACUGACAGAGUUGAGAGCUAGGAACGUUAUUAAACAGGUGGUCGAUGUUAUCGGGUUCUGUUUCAAGAUGGGGGUUGAUCACCGAGACAUAAAGGAGGAGAACAUCAUGUACAACCCAGCCGGAGAUCAGAUCAAACUUAUAGACUUUGGUUCUGCCUCAGUUCUCUCAAAACAUCCCUACCGUCUUGUCCGAGGAACUGACAUAUACAUUCCUCCAGAACAUUAUCUUUACAACAAGUACUAUCCUCGACCUGGUGCUGUGUGGGCUAUAGGGUGUCUAGCGUUCUGUUGUCUCUCUUCCUUCACUCCCUUCACAUCCAUCAACCAGAUUGUUAGCACUGGACCAGAUUGGAGCUUGAUGGCGCACUGUAUGGACGAAUCGUUUGAUUUUGUGAAGUGUUGUUUGAAGACUGACGAGAAAAGAAGAAUGCCAUUUGAUAUGAUGAGACAUCACGUUUGGAUUAAUGACAGUAUUGAGGAAUUCUCAAACUGUGAGCUUGAAUGCUCUCUUUGAGCCGUAAAUGUAACUGAUUUGGUUCUGUUUUAAGAGCCGUUUAAUCUCUUUGUCGAGAUUUUA